GACUACUGCCUUUAUCAGAUUCCUUAACAGCUCAGCCAGUCUGAAGAGUUAGUUGAGAGCACGGCUUUUGGAGGGAGUGAGAAACACUACUUAUCUAAUUCAUCACGCGAAGACGAUCAUCUGUCCGAUGGGCACGGUUCUGGGAUGACAUGAGAUGAGGCUCAGGAAUGGAAGUGUUUUAACGGUGUUCUGUCUGGGUGCAUUUCUUUCAAUAUCCUGGUUCGUUUCUUGGCUGAAUAUGAAAGAUGAUGUGGAUGGAGUGAUUCUGUGCCAACAAGAACUUACAGAGUUCAAUAACAGAUUGCACAAAGCAGAAGAAGAAAAUCUGAUUCACUCCCAGGAACUGAAGCGUGUCUUGGAUGAGAUUAAACGUGCAGUAGCUGUGAUGAAGAAGCCAAAGACAAAUGACACAUCCAUAACCCUGUCUAACUUUUCAGAUAUAAUGAAGAUAAAAACAUUGAACUCUAUGGGAAUCCUUCCUCUUCAGCUACUAAACAUUUUCUAUUACCUUCCUCAUCUGAUGUCUAACAAGGACAGCCUUCAGCCAAAAGUACUGAUAGGACAGGGAAGAACUGGAGUCUCGCUGGUGAUGGGCAUACCUACAGUAAAGAGAGUCACAAAUUACCUCAUGGACACACUGAACUCCCUUAUCUAUGAGCUUUCUCCUGAUGAAAAGAGAGAUUGUGUCAUUGUUGUUCUCAUUGCAGAGGUGGAAGAAAGUUAUGUAAAUGGACUGGCAGAAAAUUUACAAAAUAUGUACUCUAAAGAAAUACAGUCAGGACUUCUGGAGAUCAUCUCCCCCUCGGAAAAUUUUUAUCCAAACCUCACGGAUCUGAAGGAAACCUUUGGAGAUUCGCAAACCAGAGUAAAGUGGAGAACAAAACAGAACUUGGACUACAGCUUUUUAAUGAUGUAUGCUCAAGCCAAAGGAGCUUUUUAUUUACAGUUAGAGGAUGAUAUUAUAGCAACACCCAACUAUUCACAAACAAUCCUGAACUUUGCUCAACAUCAGCCUUCUGAUGAAUGGAUGAUCUUGGAGUUUUCCCAGCUGGGAUUUAUUGGAAAAUUGUUCAAGUCUCCUGACCUGACCUUAAUCAUAGAAUUCAUUAUCAUGUUCUACAAGGACAAGCCUAUAGACUGGUUACUUGACCACAUAUUGUGGGUGAAAGUUUGCAAUCCUGAGAAAGAUGCCAAACAUUGCGAAAGACAGAAAGCUAAUCUGCGAAUUCGCUACAGACCUUCCCUUUUUCAGCAUGUGGGAACUCAUUCUUCAUUGGCUGGAAAAAUUCAGAACCUAAAGGAUAAGGACUUUAAGAAACAAUUAUUGCACAAGGGACAUUCAAAUCCUACUGCAGAAUUAACAAGCAGCUUGAAAAUCUACCAACAUCACAGUCUGGAGAAGGCCUACACAGGAGAGGAUUUCUUCUGGACAUUUACUCCGGUGGCAGGGGACUUCAUCAAAUUUAGGUUCUACCAGCCACUGAAAAUACAAAGAUACCUUUUUAGAAGUGGCAACAUAGACCACCCGGGAGAUAAACUUUUUAAUACAACAGUGGAGGUUCUACCAGCUAAUAGAAUUGAUUUUAAGAAGAAAUCUCUGCACAACAAUAGCACAAAAUACUCCAAGUACAAAGAAACAGAUGAUGGCUAUUAUAGGAUAGAUGCAUUUAGGAAUGGAAUUGCAGAAGGUGAAGUCGAUGGAUCGAUUGGAAAAAUUGAGGCGAUUCGAUUAUUCAUUCUUUCAGACUCCCCUUUCUGGGUUUUACUGAAUGAGAUAUUCAUUGAAGCAACGACAUAAAUGGAAGGAAUUGUGGUCCCCA